AUGUCCUUGAAGCUUUUGAGCCGCCAGUCCGGAGAAGCCCGGUCACUUCCUUCUGUCAUAUCUGCGAAGGACAUUUUUGCAAUCGUCCCCCUACACCAUGCACCAGUCGCGCAAAGGCGCUACUCGUCAACGCAGAGGGAGUCUCCCAUUGGAUUGGUCGAUCCAUUGGACAUGAUCCCUAGAAUUUAUGAACUUCGUACAGGUGGUGCCUUCGAAAAUCUGGACCAGUUCUCCCGCGACGUGUUUUCUUGGCUCCAGGACUUUUUGCCUCAGCCUGGAACCAGCAACUCUCUCGGUGAAAUCGUUGACCCACUAUAUCUAUGGGACAAGUUUGCUGCCAUCUUCAAACUCGACAAACCUAUAAAAGAGUCGAUCGCGAAGGAGUUGACAAGUUCCUUCCACUAUCAAUAUCUUGCAUAUAUCAAUCCUCCCAAAUGUCCUUCCUUGAAGUCCCCGCCGAUUCAAUGGGAGCAAAGUCUUGUGGCAGGCCAUCCUACCCAUCCUGGACACAUGCGCAUGAGCUUGAUCACGAACGAUACGUUUUCAUGCCAGCCCAUGAACUCCAACUUUCGAACAUCGUUCGGUUGUUCCCUGAUGCGGUCGUUCUUCCUCCCCAUGUUCAUCUCAAGGCGCAGGCUCAAACAAGCAUCAGGCACGUUGCUUUCUUAUCACAUCAAGAGAUUUGCAUUGACCCUGUCACACAGAACAGUCAUUGUUCCUGAACUCCCGGGAUAUGCUCUCAAGCUCUCUAUAGGAGUCAAGAUCUCGUCCGCUCUGAGGACCAUCUCACACUUUACGGCCGACUUCGGCCCGCGAUUCUCAACGGAGGUCGUUCCAAAGCUGAGAAUAGAUCACACUAUAUUCGCUAUCGAGACUGAACCCUCGAGUGGGAUUUACCGAUGCGAAGACCCGGAAAUCAGAAAGCACUUCACAGCUGUCAUCCGCGAGGAAUAUAAAGCCGCACCCUACGAGAAUGUCAUCCUCAUCGCGGCACUGCUAGAAACAGACCAUGCCAACCUACCGCCUGGCGUCCCUGCAGUGACACAUGUUUUCGGACUGAACACGGAACGCAAGCGCAUCCAGUUCCUCGAUCGGUACAUUGAACUGUCAUGCAAGGCACUGCUUCCAGCCCUGGUGUAUAACGGGGUGGCAUUCGAAGCUCACGCACAGAACCUCCUGCUUCGGGUAGAUCGAAGAACAGGGAAGAUUACAGGGUUCGUGCUGCGGGAUCUGGGAGGACUCCGGAUACACCCUCCAACACUGCGAAGAUCUUUAGGCAUCGACUUCGACUUCUUACCGAAACACGCCAUUGCCACGGAAUCCCUGCAAGAGGUCUAUCCAAAGUUCUAUCACACCUACGUCCACAAUCAUCUCCAGCGCUUAAUUCGCCUUUUGGGACUACACCACAAUGGCAUCGGUUGGGAAUUGCUACGCGAACACAUGAACGCUGUUAUACCCAUCGACCAUGAACUCAGAGAUCUGUGGCUGUCGCCCAAAAGCCACACUGUUGAGUCGAAAUGCCUGAUGCGAAUGCGUUUGCAAGAUUCUUACCGCGAGGGAAUCGCAUCUUUGAGAGCGCUGGACCGUAUAUACGACUAG